UUACCUUCUCUGUACUCCAGCACUUGGAGAGAGAGACAGAGAGAGAGGUGUAAUGUAGUGUAGUGUACGAUGUACAUCAUUGGCCUUGUCUACCUUAUAUGAAAGUCAUCCUCCCCCCUUUGAACAUUCUUCUCCUUCUCUCCCUCCUCUCCUCACUCACCCUCAUGGUGUCGGCCGCGGCGCGGCGGAUCGCCACAAGAGAGGAGGAGGCAUGAGAGGAUGGUGACGUUGCUCCGGCCGCACCGCCACGCCCAUGGGCCGGCCGCCGUCACCGUUCGCCUCAGCAGAAGCCAAAGCCACCAGCCGCCGCCGUCGUCGUCGCUCCGUUCUUGUCGCAGCGUCCUGAGGCCCAUGGCACAGGACCCCUCCCACCCGCAUCGGCAGAGCAAGGACCCCGCCUCGCCACCGCAGCAGCCUGAGCAGCCGGAGAUAGCGCAACAGCCCGCGCCGGCACAGCCGCAGCAGCCGCCGCGCGAGGUCCAGGAAGUCAGCACCAGUAGUAGCAGCGGAAGCGACGCCGAGUCCUCUUGGCUGCAGCUCGGGAUCGGCACGUCCCCGGGCUCACCUUCGCCGUCGUCGUCGCGCCGGAAACGGCAGAGGACCGACGAGGCAGGCCCCUCUACGUCCGUGCAUCCUGCCGCGCCCCCGCCCCCGCCCCCGCCACCGCAGCUGCAGCUCUCUCUGCACCCAGGGCCCUCUUCGUCAUCCGGCCCGGCGGCGGUGGGGGCAGUGGUGGCGGCGGCGCCGCCACCCCCAGCCCACGAGGCCGGCACGUGGUUCUUGCUCCAGGCGGCGCAGAACCAGAGGGAUCCGCCAUUACUGCAGAUUCCGAGGAGCUACCUGAGGGUUAGCAGAGACGGGAGGAUGACAGUUAGAGUAGUGAUGAGGUACCUGGUUAACAAGCUGGGCCUUGAGGAUGAUUCACAGUUAGAGAUUACCUGUCGAGGGCAGCGCCUUCUACCGACAAUGACACUGCAGCAGGUCCGCGACACCAUUUGGCGCCUCGUGCCAGCAGAGGCCGCGGCGGUUUUGCCAGCCCCUGGCUCGCCGAGCACGAACCAGAUCAUGACAUUACAUUAUGGCAGAAGCUAGCACCUGGAGAACGGGGCGCCAUCAGGAACAAACAACUUUUCACACUGUAAUUAGUAUUCACAGCCCGCAGGCAUUGAUCCCCCUUUUUGCCCUCCCCUAACAUCUAAUCCUCACCACAGAAUUCGCUGAGAAAGAAUAGUAGUACACGAAGGAUAGUAGAUUAUAGGUAACCCACAAAUGUAACUGUACUUAAAAACCCUGAGAAAUAAUUCUUUCAUAUUUAUUUAGUUCAAA